AUGGCGGACGAGGAGGAGGAACAACAACAACAAUAUGGCCCACCGCCACACAUCGCUGCCCGCUUCUAUCGCAACCACAGCUCCAAUCGAAGGAAAUCCUCGGCAACCUCGUCGCGUCGCAACUCGUUAUCUUCGGCGCACUCCCACACUUCUGGCACACUUCGCCGCAGUUCAAUGUCAGGAUGUCAGAGUACCUAUGUCGCUCAGCACUUGCGCAGAGCAUCCAUAAUCGAAUCGCGAAAGGCGCGUCUGGCAGAUCGAGCGGCGCAUGCAGAGCAGGUACGACUGCGUGCCGCACUUGUCAAAGCCGCUCCGCGAGGUAGCACCUCCAACACGGAAGAGCGUGCACUGGCUGCACAACUAGCCAAGGAGAAGUAUCUUGCAAAAGUUGCGGCGACAUGUGCGGAGGAGGUCGCCCGCGCAAAGCGCAUAGCGGAGGAAGUGAAGGAGCGGAAGCUGGCAGAAGAGGUACGGGUACGGUCGGAGAUGGAGGAACGGCAUGCAGAGGCGGAGAAGAGACGCGCAGAAUAUCAGCGUAAUCUACAGGCCAGACGAGCCCGGAGGGCAGAUAGCGCAGAGAAGAAGCUGGGCGUGCUUGAGGAAGUCGCGGACAUGGAUGAGGAGGCCAUUGUGGAGGAAGCAGAGCUGUCCGAGGAUCCCGCUCGAAUCCAGGAUGCUGCUGCGAGGCGAAUUCAGUCGGCGUGGAGGAUGUACCAGCGUAAGGUUCCCGUACUUGCCUUUAGGAAGCUGGACAUGACCACACAACGAGCGGAGAAUACGAGCUUUGAGGACUUGACCGCACUGGUAGCGGAUACUACAAUCAUUGAAUCAACAACCGCCGUCCUCACACAUAUUGGGUUGCAGGAGGCCAACGAUGCGAAUGCAGCCCUCAACACGCGGACGUUCCUCAGUGCUUUCUUGAUUGUUGGACAUCCAGUCGCUGUGUUAACUAACAACAACGGGACCCAAGAGCAAGAUCUGAUCAACAAGGCAUCUGAGCUUGUGAACCUAUUCGAAGCAUCUGUGACUCGUCUGGACAAUUGGAACAACUUCACGCCCAAUCCCACGCAACUGGAAUCUCUAUCGCAGUCAUACACUGCAUAUACUUCUGCUUUCGCUGCAUGGCGACUGCAGGACUCCAGUGUGUUGAUUGAAGGAAUGGUGGCCUCAUUCGUUGAACUUGAUGCCAUUUGGCAAACCGUCAAGGAUGACGACCGUGGUGAGGUAGCUGGAGAAUACAAGCAGGGAAUCCGCGAUAAUCAAGUCAUGCUCUUGAGUAGGAUCAGAAAACUGGCUGGGCCAGACCGCGCGGACUUUCUGAUCAAAAAGGCGAUUCGUGAAAGUCGCCGCAAACGUCCUAAGAAGCGCCCGACGGCCGAGGUUCGUCCACGGGGUGUGGAAGUGGUCGAUCCUGCGCCGCCUCCAGAAGAGGUCGUUGAAGCGGCCGGUCUUCCAAUGACCCCCAUUGGGUCGGGUGAGAUCGACAGGCUUUUCACGCCCAUGCCUUCCAACCGGAUUCUGACACAUGAGCUCGCAAUCAACAAAGACUACAGACUUGAAGACCGUAAUAGCGAGAUCCGGGACCACUUGUAUCGAAGCAUUUGCGAAAGCAUGAAGGCGGGCUUCGAAGCCGGUAAUGGCGCUUUGUGGACUACGUCAACAGCGCAGAACAUCCGGGAGAAGCUGUUGCGUAUGUUGAAGCCUGGGAACAGCAUGCACACCAUGAUCACCGAAGCACUGGAUCUAGAGAGCAUCCAUCGUCAGUGCCAACAGGGCGUGUUCUCAUACUCGGGCUUCUUCGAGUUUAUGGCAAAUGUGCUUCCCAAACUAUGCGCGCCUUUCCGUGAUCAAGAAGUCAAGACGUUUGCAGAGGAAUUGCGGGCUGAAGGUAGCGGUGACGAGCUGGAUGCCAUGAUUGACAAGCUAUUCAAGCUUCUCCGCAUGGUCGACGUGCUGAGUCUGGACUAUUCGAACUUCAUGAUUAUGAGUGCUGCACCAGCAUUGAUUCAGGAGUCUUCGGGUUAUGAGCAUCGUAUGUUCGCCCAGGACCUUCAAGCUGGCAGAACYUCUUUGGAGCACACCAAGCGCUGGUGGAUCCAAGCACACACUACAUUAACAUCCGAGGCGGACCGCCGAGACCCAGACGGCGUUAGGAGUCCUUCUGAUAGACCAAGUCCUACGAAGGUGUACACCCACGGUCUAGUCGAGACUGUCAUAUGCCAAGCCGAGCUGGACUCGGACCAUCUCCCGGAGACCCUUCACCUCGAUGCCGAGCGCCUACGACAGCUACGCGUUAAAGCCAUACGGGUGGUCGUGAUUGGGGCGAUCCUUCUCACCACCAAGAACCUUCUCAAACGGGAUGUUCGCAGCCAAUGGAAGAGCGAAGCGGCCCGACUGUGGCAGCUCCUCAGCACUGAGCCCUACAGUACCACAGAAGAGCCCACCACCGCCCAGAAAGCCUUCUCGAUAUUGGAGACUGCGCACAACAUGCCUGCUUCCACCAAGACCGCCAUCUCGGGGACAAUUACUCGGUUCUUCUCCCAAGCCGCAGAGAUUGGCUCCAAUGCCGGCGUGCGGUUUACGGACCCCGUGCUGAAAGUUCUCUUCCAGCGCCUCAAGUCACACGUUCUCGCGCGUUUGUCGGCAGAAAGCUCUGCUGAGAAGGUUCGGGCAGCGAGUUCUGCUUCCGAUAAACUUGCUGCGAGCGGGAUGGCGGAAUUCACGUCUCAAGUUGCGGGGAUUGUGGACUCGUUAGAGCAAGUUAGGAAGGUGGACUGGGCGAGUCAUGAGGUGUGGUACCAGCAGAUCGUGAAGGAAGUGGGGGAAAGUCCUUCUGUGUAG